AGCCAAAAUCAUUCUGAAUUUCUUGAUAGUUUACAUCCACUAAAUGAAUACUCCAACUCAAUCUUUCGCAGCUAAGGCUGCUAUAUUUUCUCUUCUUCUGCUUUCAUGCAUGCAAUGCCAUGCACAACUUUCCGCGACGUUCUAUGAUAAUACUUGCCCUAAUGCACUCAACACGAUUCGUACCAGCGUCAGGCAAGCUAUUUCAAGUGAACGUCGCAUGGCUGCUUCGCUCAUUCGCCUUCACUUUCAUGACUGCUUUGUUCAGGGCUGUGAUGCUUCGAUCUUACUUGAUGAGACUCCUUCAAUCGAAAGUGAGAAGACUGCGUUGCCAAAUCUUGGGUCAGCAAGAGGUUUUGGAAUCAUAGAAGAUGCAAAGAGAGAGGUGGAAAAGAUUUGUCCCGGGGUGGUUUCAUGUGCUGACAUCCUAACUGUUGCAGCUCGCGAUGCAUCAGCUGCUGUAGGGGGUCCAUCAUGGACAGUGAAACUCGGAAGAAGAGAUUCAACAACUGCAAGUAAGACACUUGCUGAAACUGAUCUCCCCGGUCCUUUUGAUCCUCUUAAUAGGCUUAUUUCUAGCUUUGCAAGCAAAGGACUUAGCACAAGAGAUAUGGUCGCUUUGUCAGGGGCUCACACAAUAGGCCAAGCACAAUGUUUCCUUUUUCGUGAUCGGAUUUAUAGCAAUGGAACAGACAUUGAUGCUGGAUUUGCAAGCACUAGAAGACGUCAAUGUCCUCAAGAAGGAGAGAAUGGAAAUCUAGCACCACUUGAUUUGGUUACACCAAAUCAAUUCGAUAACAAUUACUUCAAAAAUCUCAUCCAAAAGAAAGGUCUUCUUCAAUCAGAUCAAGUUCUUUUCAAUGGAGGAUCAACAGACAAUAUUGUUUCUGAAUAUAGUAACAGUGCUCGAGCUUUCUCGUCAGACUUUGCUGCUGCUAUGAUCAAAAUGGGAGAUAUUAGUCCCCUAAGUGGUCAAAAUGGGAUCAUAAGAAAAGUUUGUGGCAGUGUCAACUAGUUCUUAAAUUCCACACUGUUUCUAUGAUUGGUUUUGUAUUAAUAAAGUAUAUUUGUAUGUUUGAUGAACUGAAGUGUAAUCUCAUUCAUUCUAUUUGUUUCUUUGAUAUGUAAA